CAAGGAAGGAGACCGCUAAUUUAGCGCCUUUUUUAGGGCGCGUCAUAAUCAUGAAUCGAAGAUUCCAUUUCCGUCAACUCUAACGGCCAUCGCCGGCUUUGGUUGAACCCCAAAAAUUGCAACUUUGGAUUUUGGAGGCGAAACGAAAUUAUGCAAAAUUUAAGUUUUCAAACCUAGAAAUCGCUUCUUCUUUCCAGGUUUGAAGAACAUAUCCAGGAAUUCAUUUUCCUCGCAUUUUUUUCCUUCUUAAAAAGCAGCGACGUUUAUGUUGCUGAUACAAAUCCUAAAAGAAGAAAGAACCCCAUUGAAGCUCCUCGUUUUUCUUAUCUCAUUCUCAGAUGGAGUAUGAGGAGGUGUCCAUUUUGAGCUCAGAGCAAGAGCAGGAUAUUGAGUCACCAGUUGUCUCUGAAGGGAGUUUUGUUACUUUGACACCACAUUCACCUUGUGAAUCAGUAUGCACGUUUUCCAGGCAAGAAAAUAGUAUUCUGGAAUCAGAAGAAAGAUCAAGAUCUGCAGGGAGACUUGGCAGGCUCAUAUUUUUUUAUCUACUGGUUAUGGUAGCAGAGGUUAUUGGUGGAGUGAAAGCAAACAGCCUUGCAGUCUUUACAGAUGCUGCUCAUUUGCUUACUGAUGUUGCCGGAUUCUCCAUUUCUCUCUUCUCAUUGUGGGCUUCAGGAUGGGGAGCAACGUCACACCAGUCUUUUGGUUUCAGCCGUUUUGAAGUUUUGGGUGCUCUUAUAUCAGUCCAACUAAUCUGGCUAAUAUCUGGAAUCUUAAUUUAUGAAGCAAUUGACAGAAUUCUUCACAAUAAUGAGAAGGUGAAUGGAGCGAUCAUGUUUGCAAUUGCAUCAUUUGGGUUUAUCAUCAAUUUGAUCAUGAUCAUAUGGUUGGGUCAUGAUCAUACUCAUGGUCAUCACCACCACCACCACCACCACCAUCAUCAUGCACGGGGGGACAAAAAUCAUUGCCAUGAUGAUCAGGAGGGUGAGGAACUUUGUGCAAUAACUGAGGAAGAUGGGACUAAUAUGGUAUUGAGUUCUCCAGCAAAAGCCAAGACAAUGAACAUAAAUCUCCAGGGAGCAUACUUGCAUGUCAUGGCUGAUCUGAUACAAUCUGCUGGUGUAAUGAUUGGUGGAGCCAUUAUAUGGAUUCGUCCGGAUUGGUUGGUUGUGGAUCUUAUCUGCACUCUUGUCUUCUCUGCUUUUUCCGUAAGUGCUACUCUACCCAUGCUUAAGAAUAUAUUUGGCAUACUAAUGGAGAGGACGCCGAGCGAAAUUAACAUUGCAAAGCUGGAAAAUGGUCUUAGAUCUAUCAGAGGAGUUCACAGUAUUCAUGACCUGCAUGUCUGGGCCAUAACAGUAGGGAAAAUUUCAUUGUCUUGCCAUGUAGUGGCUGAGCCUGGAGUCAGCUCUGCAGAGAUACUACACAAGAUUAGGGAAUUCUGUGAAAAAUCACACAGGAUACAUCACAUAACUGUACAGAUUGAAUGAGUAGCAUCCUUGUUCGUUUUCCGUUUUAUACUCUUGGGACUCAUGAAAGAGAGAACAUGUACACUAACAAAUACGUUAGCAUCA